UCUUUCCAGGUCAAGAUGCAGAGACCUCAGGGCAGCUCGGAGAGGACUCCACUCGUCCCCCCUCCUACUUACGCAUUUGAAUCCAGCCUAUCCAGAAGCUAUCAGAAGAGGCUCAGAAACUUUCAAUGUGCUAUCUGUGUUUUAUUAAUUGUCUUCCUUUCAAUUUCACUGCUGGUGACCAUCUCGUACAAUUUGUCCUCUGAUACUGAGCCAACAAGCCAGCCUGUUAUCCCUGAGCCAGGCAAUCUCACGACGACCCUCACCAUGACCGAAGACCUACAACCAAUACUGAAUAAGAAUUGGCCUCUGGAUGGUCCGCCUCGAAAAACGUGGAUUGGCAAUGCACCAACAAGCGACAAUAUAACAGAGGCAGUUUCGAAAGGGAAAGAAGCCCUUAAGAAACGGAAGCUACUGGAGAGCACGUUAAAGCCUUUAGACAGUAAUUCUCCCGCAUCCAGGGCACAGAGAGCUUCAGCCACUGCUUCUACUGUUAAACCAAUGGCUGAAGCGGCGUUUGCUGCUGAAGAAGCUACAAGAGUAUUGGUGAAUGGAACAGACAAGACGUUGGUCGCAACUGGCGUAGGAUUGGGUCCACAUACUAACAGUUCCUUUGACGAGCCAGCGUAUUGCCGCCCGCCCACAACUCCUUGUGUGAUCUCGAAGUAUAGAACCCAAGAUGGAACCUGCAAUAACCUGGAUAAUCCCCUCACGUGGGGAGUGUCCAAUACACCCUUCAGGAGAGUAUUACCAGCAGUUUAUGGCGAUGGAAUCAGCUCGCCACGUCGAUCUGUCGAUGGAACAGAUCUGCCAAGCGCUAGAGACGUCAGCGUCACGGUUCACCGGCCGAGCUACGACCAUGACUCUUCCUUCACCGUGAUGCUGGCCGUGUGGGGUCAGUUCAUAGACCAUGACAUCACCGCUACAGCUCUAAGCAAAGGUGCAAACAGCAGCUCAAUAUCCUGCUGUAGUGCAGAGGGCGCGGUGCACCCGGAGUGUUUCCCCGUCCAGUUGGAUGUCGAGGACCCGUUUUAUCAAGACUACAAUGUGACUUGCAUGGAGUUUGUGAGAUCUGCUUCCGCACCCACUUGCCAUUUUGGACCACGGGAACAGCUAAAUCAAGCUACAGCUUUCCUGGACGGUUCUACAGUAUACAGUCCCGCGGAUACCAAGAUGAAGCAACUGCGAGCUGGUCUGGAGGGUCAGCUGCGGAUGUUGAAGGUCGGACCUUGGGAACUUUUACCUCCAUCCAUGGACCCUAACGACGGUUGUAACACUGUUGAGAUGAAUGCCAAGGGACGUUAUUGUUUUGAAUCAGGUGACGAUCGAGCAAAUGAAAAUCUCCAUUUGACCACAAUGCAUCUGAUCUGGGCGCGUCAACACAACCGGCUAGCUGUCAUCUUGCAGGAACUGAACCCACACUGGGACGACGAGAAGGUGUUCCAGGAGUCGAGGCGGAUAGUGGGAGCUCAGAUGCAACACAUCACUUACUCUGAAUUUCUGCCUUUGAUCCUCGGUCAAGACGUGAUGUUUGCCCUGAACCUGACGCUGCAGACUGACGGUUAUUCAGAUGCAUACGAUCCCAAGGUGGACCCUUCAAUCGCUAACCACUUCUCGGCAGCAGCUUUUAGAUUCGCACACACACUGCUACCGGGUCUGAUCCACAACGUAGACUCCAACAACGGAACAGUCAGCUACACCCAUUUGCACGAAAUGCUCUUCAACCCUUUCGCGCUGUACAAUGUAGAUAAAGGGCCCAGGUUCGCUAUGAAGUCAGCAAUGGAUACACGAGUCCACACCGUCGAUCCUCACAUCACGUCUGAACUCACAGAGCACCUGUUCGAGCGCCCGCCGCCCGCCGACGGGUCGGCGCCCGGCCGCGCCGCGCCGUGCGGGCUCGACCUCGUGUCGCUGAACAUCCAGCGCGGCCGCGACCACGGCCUGCCGCCCUACCCCGCCUGGAGGCAGCACUGCGGCUUCGAGCGGCCCGCGUCCUUCGACGAUCUGACGCCGGUCUUCGAUGACUUAUCUUUGAGCAGGAUUUCCAAGAUAUACAAAAAUGUAGAUGACAUAGAUCUUUACACUGGAGCCCUAGCGGAGGAUCCCAAGGGACGACUCCUAGGCCCCACCCUAACUUGCCUAGUCGCUGAUCAGUUCCUAAGGCUAAAAAUCGGAGACAGAUUUUGGUAUGAAACCUCUGAUGCAACCGUCGCAUUUACUCUAGAACAAUUAGAGGAAAUACGCAAAACAACCCUGGCUGGCGUGAUUUGUGCCAACGAAGACUUACUUGACCAAGCUCAACCUAGAGUAAUGGAAGCACUCAGCGCUACAAAUCCUCUGGUAGACUGCGUGGACUUACCCCAACCAACUUUUGAAGCCUGGCAAGAAAUUCCUCCUGAAAACGCAGAACUAAUCAAGAAGCCUCCCAAAAAGUCUAAAAAACCUAAAAAAUCAAAAAAGAGCCCUGGUAAGAAACCUUGAAGUCAAAUAAUGCUGUAAUGUUAACUAUGUGAAUGUUGUAGAGUUGAGAAACCACCGCUAGAUUCGUUUUUAAUAUGUGAAUGAGAGAAUAAUUACAAUUAAAUGUAGUGUCUGCAAAUUAUAAAAUGGAAGGCAUUUUUUUUCAAACAAAGGGCUUAAAUUUAAUUUAAUGGCUUUCCUUAUUUACAUAAAAAUAUUUCAAUCUUUUGUUACAAAUAAAUGCUCGAGAAUGAUUGUUUUAGAAAUAUAACUAAUUACAAUAUAUUUUGUGAUAUUA